CAGACUCAUGGGCUGCCAAAUCCGUCUUAUUUUAGUGUCUUCCAAAGAGCUUUAAAUCGUGAGCUGUCGUUUUUCUAAGAUACAGGACAGAUCCCGGGACGGUAACAGACUGGAAUAGUGGAUGUGACUCCAGGACUGACAUCCACAUCUUUGCGCAUAACGUCGCUUUUGUACUGAGUAACUGUUUCCAAAGUCUAGUGAAUGAACGGCUGAUUAAAGAUAGGCUGCUGCUCCUGCAAGUAACAUCGACCUUGGGACACCCCUCAAGGACCCCCCCCCCCCCCCCCCCCCCCAGGCCGUCGCUGGACACCGUUUCCACAGCUCUGUCCUUUUUGCGCGCAGCUCCACACAGAUUAAAUACGCGCACACGCACCCGCCUCCUCAGGAACGGCUCUCCGUUUGUGCAUCAUCGGUCACUCUUUAUCCUCCCUUGUGCUGCUGCUGUGUUUAAGUCCGGACUGGAGCUCCUGGAGCCACUCGGACGACGACGACGAAAACAGUGACGAUGGCGUUAAAGAAGACAACACAUACACACAUGACCGCGACAGUUCCCAAAUUUCCAAGUGCGGGCUGGUUGGUGUCCUGUCCUCUGCGCGGAUCAUAGGAAUACACAACUUCUGAGUCCAGCUACUUCUUUCUGGGUUUCUAGUGACAUUCCAUUUCGUCUAUAAAUGGACUUCUCUUUCUCUGGGAAAAUCUGAGUUAAUUUCUCCGGGUGUGUGUGGCACGUUGAGCGGACCUUGGUGUUGCGUAAAGCGCAUUUGCUGCAGGUUUUAUUGAGACUUGUGAAGCAGAGUGUUUUUUUUUUCUUCUGUGAAUAUGAUGAACAACUCAAAGAAUCAAAGGGACAGUGACAUUCAGAAGAAGAUUGAUCAUGAGAUCCGAAUGCGUGAUGGGGCCUGUAAGCUGCUUGCUGCCUGUUCCCAAAGGGAUCAGGCUUUGGAGGCAGCAAAGAGCCUCCAAACUUGCAGCACUCGUAUCAUGGCCUACAUGUCAGAACUGCAGAGGAUGAAAGAGGCUCAGGUCAUGCAGAAGGUUACACGGAGGUCGUCGGAUGCUGGGCCGAUGGAUGACCGACUCCCAUGUAAAGGAAAAGUGGCCAUCUCAGAUCUCCGUAUCCCUCUUAUGUGGAAAGACACAGAGUACUUCAAGAACAAAGGAGAGCUUCAUCGCUGUGCUGUGUUCUGCCUGCUGCAGCUGGGGGGAGAGAUAUUUGACACAGACAUGGUCAUAGUUGACCGGACGCUCACUGACAUCUGCUUUGACAACACCAUUGUAUUCAACAAUGCGAGCCCAGUGUUUGAGCUGCGUGUAGAGCUGUAUAGCUGCUGCUCAGAGGACGAUUAUUCAGCUGGGAGCACACCAAGAAAACUUGCCAGUAAGCUGAGCUCCUCACUGGGUCGAUCAGCAGGGAAGAAGCUCCGGGCUGCUAUGGAACCUGGAUCAUGUAGUCCCAUCAGCAACGGAGGGGCAACUCCUCUUCUGCUGCCAGUUCCAUCUGUACCCGGACCUAAGUACCACCUCUUAGCUCAUACCACGCUGUCACUGUCACACGUCCAGGACAGCUUUCGCACGCAUGACCUCACCAUCUCAGGCAACGAAGAGUGUUCAUACUGGCUGCCACUCUAUGGUAGUAUGUGUUGCCGCCUUGCAGCUCAGCCUCACUGUAUGACCCAACAGAUGAUGAGUGGAUGCUUGAAAGUUAAGCAACUAGGAGGUGACACUCAGAGUUGGACAAAAGUGUACGCUGUUCUAAAAGGAACAAGCCUCUUCUGUUAUCACCGGCAAGAAGAUGUGGAGGCUAACGUUGAACCAGCUUUCACUAUUGGCAUCAACAAGGAGACCAGAAUACGUGCAUCAGAGAAAGACCCUCAAAGUAAAGUUCAGAAUAUCUGUAUCAGUAAUCAGUAUGGAGGUGAGGAGGUCACGCACACACUGACAACUGACAGCCGAGAGGACACACACCGGUGGAUGGAAGCUUUCUGGCAGCAUUUCUAUGAUAUGAGUCAAUGGAAGCAGUGCUGUGACGACUUAAUGAAAAUUGAACUACCAUCACCACGGAAACCAGCCCCUGCCACACCAAAGCAGGGUUCUCUUUAUCAUGAAAUGGUUAUUGAGUCAUCUGAUGACCUCAGCAGCACGGUGUCAGACAUCUUGGCUCGGAGGAUGCAGGAACUGGAACUCCGCAGCCAGCUGGGCACCUCUCCCACCUGGAUGUCUAUGUUUGAGGAAAACAACCCCAAAAGCGCUGGCCGCCCUCGCCCCUGUACUUCCCGCCUGUCUGGCCACAGCCCUUCCACCCCUCAUCGACUGCCCAGGAGCCCUGUGAGCAUCCACCGUUGCCCACAGCUGGGUCUGCUGUCAUCUGAUGCAAGCCUUACCUCGGACAGCGACAGCCACUGCAGCACCAGCCCCUGCACUCACCACCAUGUGUGGCCCGACCCUUCUUCCAAUUUCUCCCUCCUGUCAUCGUCCCCCUCCCGCCUAAGGCCACGCACUUUGUCGUUGGAUGCUAAGCUCAGCACCCUUCGAGGGAGGGGUUACGGUGGAGGCGGGACCUUACAGUGCCCCUGCCAUACUCCUGCUUCUUCGCUGCUAACCCCACUCCCUAUGUCCUCUCGUUCACCUCUGUCACAGCACAGCACACAGACAACCCUCUCCUGCUCUAGCUCCACCUCUAGCAACAGCUCCAGCAACAGCGAAGGCAGCCACAGCCCCGAGUCAUCGGAGGGAGCCCCUUUUUCAAGGCCCUCCCCAGCUCGACGCAGCCUCAGGAACCUGCGGGCCAGACUUGAUCCUCGCAACUGGCUUCAAAGUCAGGUGUGAGCCUGUCUUCUUUGACAGACAUUACACACUGGUCUAAUGGUAACAGUGCUCAUUAAACUGCAGUGUAGCUGGCUUAACAUCUGCGAACCAUCCUCGGGCAAUUUGCUUGGACUCAUGCACAGUCCUGGGGACCGGCUGCUUCUGGCCUGCCCCCUGAUGGCAGACAGAUCAUAGAAGACCCCCCCUGGGGAAAACUGGAAUGUCUUCUAACACAAGAAACAGGUGACAAUCACUUCAGGCUACUCUGCACUUUGCUGGGUUGCCAAACUUUGGAGACAGCCCAAAAACUAAAUGGGAGGUACUGUGCGUGUUCUGAGAAAUGAUAUGUGGUGCCGUUUGGGAGAUGGUGUUUCUAAGAACUAAAGACUUAAAUAAACUCAUCGCAAUAGGCCAACUCACUGAAACUGGAAAAGAUUUUGUUUUUUCUUCUGCCAUCCUGGCCACUCAAAAGUCAUCUCUAUUAAUGCACUAGCAGUACUUUGAUGGGGUAUUUCUUUAAUGUAUUUUCAAAUAAACUUUUGCGGUGUUUAUGGUAUGAAAGCCAGUAAGCAUGUGGCAGGAAGAACAUGCAAUAUGAAAAUGCGAAAUAAUCUGAGUUCUCAAGUGUUCAAUGUGGAGGGAAGGGUUAAUGUAUGUUGCCUGUACUGUGAUAUCUACUUCAGUGUACUUCUCAUCUGCUAUCUACACAAGUUUAUCUUUGUCGUUCUUAAAAUUACUAUGCAUCAUUCUUUUUUUCCCCUUUUUGCAUGAUAUGGGUCAUGGUUAGGAUGCUGAACUACUUGAGAUCAUUUCAACAAUGAAUCUGGUGAAAGUGGCGUAACUUAAUGCAAGUGCUCAUACUUACUGUACUGGUUAUUACUGUGAUCUCUUCAGGGUAAAAAUUUGUGCUCUGGUCUUUACCUUACACAUUUAUCUGCACUUGGCUGACAUAAUAAGGUAAUAGUAAUUGUCUUAAAUACAUAGAGCAGUCCUAGAAUUUAUUGAAGUAAGUCAAAGCUUGGAAAUAACUGAAAACCCAAACCCUAUUUUUAAAUAUGCUCCACUACAGUAUUGAAUUCAAUAAGAAUCUAAGAAUGUGCUUUUAACAACAUUUUACAAAGGUUAUAUCGUGGCUGUGUAUCAGGCAAACAUAUGGUAUUCAGUAAUUACAUAAAAUUGUAGUCAACAAUGAUGUUACUACAGUAAGAUCACGAGAAAAUUAUCCAUUUACACUUCCAUGUUAUUUAAUUAAGUUAUUUUCCGAACAAAUCUGUCGUUUAACAAAAAACAAAUAUUAUAGGAGAGUCUGUGUCUAUUGUCAGUGCAGUAAAGCCUCUUCUGUCUCUUGUUUACUGUGGAUUUCUGGUAACAGUUUCUCUCUUGGGGCUCAGAUUGUGGGCAAACAUUUUUACUAAGCGUUAAAACUGUCAAAUGCUUGAAGACAGCAUUUGUUACUGUAAAUUAAUUUUUAUAAGUUAACGAAUAAACCUCCUCUCUUUGUA